AUGGAGUCUCGCAUGAACCGUCACACCUGCGGCUUGAUCUGUGGGGGGAUAUGUGCCUUGUUGACAGGGAGCUUUGCUGUGUGUGCUGCUUUGGGCUUUCACUUCGCUGGGGUUGCUUUCCUGAAGCGUGAUCAGCAGCUUCUGGUUCAGUAUCCCACCGACAAGUACGUGGUGAACGGCCCGGGCAUGGCCUUCUUUGUGCCGCUCGUAGCCAGUGCCCAGAGCCGCCGUGCCAUGAUCAUUGAGGAGGAGAAGUACGUGGUGAUCACUGAUGAAAUGACGGGGUCCAUGAGGACGGUGGAAGGCCCCCAACUUUUCUUCCUCGGUGCCUAUGAGUCUGUGUCGCAGCCUCUACGCAAGAUGGUCCUGCAGAAGAACUCCUACGUGAAGUUGAUGGACAAGAAGACUGGUGAGCGCCGGGUGCUUCGCGGUCCUCAGGUUGUGGUCCCCAGCCCAACCGAAGAGUUGAUGGAACAGGGUCAAGGAGUGAGUUUGCUGAAGGAGGAUUUCAUGCGUGUUAAGAACACGGUGACAGGAGAGGAGAGGAUCAUCGUCGGAGAGACGCUGUUCUUUCCCGAGCCAGAUGACAAGAUGGGUACGCCUCGCAAGGGAUUUCAACUGCAGAAGGAUGAAUUUGUGAAGCUCCGGGACAAGGUGACUCAGGUCAUCACAGUGGAAAAAGGAGAAAAGAUCGUCUUUCCCACGUCGACCCAAGACGAAGGGACAGCUCAGAUCGAAAAAGCGGUGUCAUUAGAGGGAUCAGUACGUGCUGCUCAGGGACAAGUCCGGGGAGUUGACGCGUUUCACCGGGCCAGGCUUGGUGUUCCCAGGACCUCAACAGAGCUUUGA